UUAUAUUAUCACUCUUUCACAUUUUCCACUUUAUCUUAACAGAACUCGGCCGUCUUCCAAAACCACACAGAAAUUUAAAAAGAAGUUAAAAAUGGUGGCGGCAAAAGGAGGAAAGAAGAAGACACAGUCAACAUAUGUGAUAGAUUGUGGGAAGCCCGUUGAAGACAAGAUUAUGGAAAUUGCAUCACUUGAAAAGUUUUUACAAGAAAGAAUCAAAGUUGGUGGCAAAGCAGGGAAUCUUGGUGAUUCUGUUUCUAUUUCUCGUGAGAAAAACAAGAUUUCUGUCACUGCUGAUUCCACUUUCUCAAAAAGGUACUUGAAGUACUUGACAAAGAAAUACUUGAAGAAGCACAAUGUUAGAGACUGGCUUCGUGUAAUUGCUUCAAACAAGGACCGCAAUGUUUAUGAGUUGCGAUACUUCAACAUUGCUGAGAACGAGGGUGAGGAGGAAGAUUAAACAAGGGACAGUUCUUGGCGUUAUGUAGUUUUGUUGGCAUGGUAGACUUGUUAUCAGGUUCAUUUUGCUUCAGACUUCCAAAUAUUGAUUUGCAGUAAAAUUCUGGUUCAAUGUGAUCUUUUAAUUUUCUUUUGCCA